AUGUGUGCCCAGCACUCUGUAGAUGCAGUGAAUGCUGGGGUCAGCCCGAUAGGAGACACAUCCUAUAACUCCAGUCACUGGGACCUGGGCAGUGCCUUUUUCUUCGCUGGAACCGUCAUCACAACCAUAGGUAAUGGUUUAAGUAUUGGAUUAGUAUUACAUACACCUGCUACUACAUUGGUCACCAUUAUCGAAACUCCAUUAAGGCCUAUGUGAUCUAUCACAUCUGUGGUUACAUUCACUGUUACUUGUUAUUCCUUACCAUCCAUUCAACCCUUUAUUUAUAAUGGUCCUUUCAGGAAUAGGCAAUAGAUUGUUCUCGCUGAAACAAUGAUAAUAGUAGUGGCAAUUCACCUUAUUUAAACUGCGGCCAUUGUUCAUUGACCAACGUGAAUUUCUUAAAGUUAAAGUUUUUUUUUUGCAGGGUAGGAAGUGAAGUGCUCCGUUGAAACCAAUUUUAAAAAGCUUUCUUAAGUGUGACCUGUAGAUUAAAACCACUGCAUACCUACACGGUAAAAUGAUAUUUGAUUUGGGAUACUCAGAAAAACAUUGCUAGAGUAUUGUCAUUGUCAUCGGCCAUGAUUUGAAAAGACGGGACCAUUUAUUAGCUACCCACGUUAGCUGGUAGAACGUUCAGCUGUGAAUAGGGUCUAUACCUGCAAACUGGUUUUUUAUAUAAGAUAGAUCUGGAAUUGGUAUGUGAGUAUGAGUCAUCUGUCAGAUAAAAUGUAGUGAGCUGCUCCACUCCUAGGAAUAAGGGGGUGCUGAGAAUGUGUUGUUGAUGCACUACAGAUGGCUAUAUCGGUCCGCUAAUACAGGAUUAGUAAAGGCCCAGUGCACUACUUUAUUUUUUAUUAUUUUUUAAUACUGUAUAUACAGUGGGGAGAACAAGUAUUUGAUACACUGCCGAUUUUGCAGGUUUUCCUACUUACAAAGCAUGUAGAGGCCUGUAAUUUUUAUCAUAGGUACAAUUCAACUGUGAGAGAUGGAAUCUAAAACAAAAAUCCAGAAAAUCACAUUGUAUGAUCUUUAAGUAAUUCAUCUGCAUUUUAUUGCAUGACAUAAGUAUUUGAUCACCUACCAACCAGUAAGAAUUCCGGCUCUCACAGACCUGUUAGUUUUUCUUUAAGAAGCCCUCAUGUUCUCCACUCAUUACCUGUAUUAACUGCACCUGUUUGAACUCGUUACCUGUAUAAAAGACACCUGUCCACACACUCAAUCAAACAGACUCCAACCUCUCCACAAUGGCCAAGACCAGAGAGCUGUGUAAAGACAUCAGGGACACAAUUGUAGACCUGCACAAGGCUGGGAUGGGCUACAGGACAAUAGGCAAGCAGCUUGAUGAGAAGGCAACAACUGUUGGCGCAAUUAUUAGAAAAUGGAAGAAGUUCAAGAUGACGGUCAAUCACCCUCGGUCUGGGGCUCUAUGCAAGAUCUCACCUCAUGGGGCAUCAAUGAUCAUGAGGAAGGUGAGGGAUCAGCCCAGAACUACACGGCAGGACCUGGUCAAUGACCUGAAGAGAGCUGGGACCACAGUCUCAAAGAAAACCAUUAGUAACACACUACGCCGUCAUGGAUUAAAAUCCUGCAGCGCACGCAAGGUCCCCCUGCUCAAGCCAGCGCAUGUCCAGGCCCGUCUGAAGUUUGCCAAUGACCAUCUUGAUGAUCCAGAGGAGGAAUUGGAGAAGGUCAUGUGGUCUGAUGAGACAAAAAUAGAGCUUUUUGGUCUAAACUCCACUCGCCGUGUUUGGAGAAAGAAGAAGGAUGAGUACAACCCCAAGAACACCAUCCCAACCGUGAAGCAUGGAGGUGGAAACAUCAUUCUUUGGGGAUGCUUUUCUGCAAAGGGGACAGGACGACUGCACCGUAUGGAGGUGAGGAUGGAUGGGGCCAUGUAUCGCGAGAUCUUGGCCAACAACCUCCUUCCCUCAGUAAGAGCAUUGAAGAUGGGUCGUGGCUGGGUCUUCCAGCAUGACAACGACCCGAAACACACAGCCAGGGCAACUAAGGAGUGGCUCCGUAAGAAGCAUCUCAAGGUCCUGGAGUGGCCUAGCCAGUCUCCAGACCUGAACCCAAUAGAACAUAUUUGGAGGGAGCUGAAAGUUCGUAUUGCCCAGCGACAGCCCCGAAACCUGAAGCAUCUGGAGAAUGUCUGUAUGGAGGAGUGGGCCAAAAUCCCUGCUGCAGUGUGUGCAAACCUGGUCAAGACCUACAGGAAACGUAUGAUCUCUGUAAUUGCAAACAAAGGUUUCUGUACCAAAUAUUAAGUUCUGCUUUUCUAAUGUAUCAAAUACUUAUGUCAUGCAAUAAAAUGCACAUUAAUUACUUUAAAAUCAUACAAUGUGAUUUUCUGGAUUUUUUUAGAUUCCGUCUCUCACAGUUGAAGUGUACCUAUGAUAAAAAUGACAGACCUCUACAUGCUUUGUAAGUAGGAAAACCUGCAAAAUCGGCAGUGUAUCAAAUACUUGUUCUCCCCACUGUAUAUGUUUUCUUCAGAUUUUUCAGGAGGUGCUGCAGCACCCUCAGCACCCCUACUUUCCACAGCUAUGGUCGUUACCAGGCAGUGUAGGUGUAGUUCAAGUCAAGUGCAAGGGCUGAUGAAACAUUCUGACAUUUCACCUGAGGUAAUGUUGUUUACAUAGACUAGAGACAAUCAAGACGUUAGGAGCCAGUUUCCCAGACCCAAACUAAAAAGCAUGUUAAUGGACAAUAUCUAUUGAAAGUGCUUUUUAGUCCAGCAAUUUGUUUUAUUAAUCUGUGUCUGGGAAACUGGCCUUAUAGGUUCUGUGUUGCUCUGGCUCUGUGUUAUCUGUGUGGAAAUCACAGCAUCAAUCAUAGCAUUGUCUUCAAAAGAACCUUCCAAACCAUUAGCACCCCUGACUACUGGAUGUCUUCAGUUUGAUGGAUGGCGGACAGAAGCUUUUUCCACUGCAAGCAGUGGAAAAAAGGGACAGAAGCUUAGCUAGCAGACAGUAUGUUAGCCUUUUGUAGAUAGCAGGAUGUGUGUAAGUCUAUGGAGGAGAGGAGAUGGAAUUGCUAUCCCACUGUGGUUGUGUCUGCCAUUGAUAGGAAAGAGGUCUCAUCACAUCCAGAAAACAUGCCCUUCUCUUUCUCUGUCCUUCCACAGGGUAUGGUAACAUUGCUCCCAGCACUGAGGGAGGGAAGAUUUUCUGUAUCCUAUAUGCAAUAUUUGGCAUCCCUCUGUUUGGGUUCCUACUAGCCGGUGUGGGGGACCAGCUAGGGACCAUAUUCGUGAAAAGCAUCGCCAAGGUGGAGAAAAUGUUCAGGGUAAGUUCACAGCAUACGGUAAUCCACAACAAUAUGACAAAUAUAAACAAUAAGUACAGUGAGGGAAAAAAGUAUUUGAUCCCCUGCUGAUUUUGUACGUUUGCCCACUGACAAAGAAAUGAUCAGUCUAUAAUUUUAAUGGUACGUUUAUUUGAACAGUGAGAGACAGAAUAACAACAAAAAAAUCCAGAAAAAUGCAUAUCAAAAAUGUUAUAAAUUUAUUUGCAUUUUAAUGAGGGAAAUAAGUAUUUGACCCCCUCUCAAUCAGAAAGAUUUCUGGCUCCCAGGUGUCUUUUAUACAGGUAACGAGCUGAGAUUAGGAGCACACUCUUAAAGGGAGUGCUCCUAAUCUCAGUUUGUUACCUGUAUAAAAGACACCUGUACCACAGAAGCAAUCCAUCAAUCAGAUUCCAAACUCUCCACCAUGGCCAAGACCAAAGAGCUCUCCAAGGAUGUCAGGGACAAGAUUGUAGACCUACACAAGGCUGGAAUGGGCUACAAGACCAUCGCCAAGCAGCUUGGUGAGAAGGUGACAACAGUUGGUGCGAUUAUUCGCAAAUGGAAGAAACACAAAAUAACUGUCAAUCUCCCUCGGCCUGGGGCUCCAUGCAAGAUCUCACCUCGUGGAGUCGCAAUGAUCAUGAGAACAGUGAGGAAUCAGCCCAGAACUACACGGGAGGAUCUUGUCAAUGAUCUCAAGGCAGCUGGGACCAUAGUCACCAAGGAAACAAUUGGUAACACACUACGCCGUGAAGGACUGAAAUCCUGCAGCGCCCGCAAGGUCCCCCUGCUCAAGAAAGCACAUAUACAUGCCUGUCUGAAGUUUGCCAAUGAACAUCUGAAUGAUUCAGAGGAGAACUGGGUGAAAGUGAUGUGGUCAGAUGAGACCAAAAUGGAGCUCUUUGGCAUCAACUCAACUCGCUGUGUUUGGAGGAGGAAGAUUGCUGCCUAUGACCCCAAGAACACCAUCCCCACCGUCAAACAUGGAGGUGGAAACAUUAUGCUUUGGGGGUCUUUUUCUGCUAAGGGGACAGGACAACUUCACCGCAUCAAAGGGACGAUGGACGGGGCCAUGUACCGUCAAAUCUUGGGUGAGAACCUCCUUCCCUCAGCCAGGGCAUUGAAAAUGGGUCGUGGAUGGGUAUUCCAGCAUGACAAUGACCCAAAACACACGGCCAAGGCAACAAAGGAGUGGCUCAAGCAGAUGCACAUGAAGGUCCUGGAGUGGCCUAGCCAGUCUCCAGACCUUAAUCCCAUAGAACAUCUGCGGAGGGAGCUGAAUGUUCGAGUUGCCAAACGUCAGCCUCGAAACCUUAAUGACUUGGAGAAGAUCUGCAAAGAGGAGUGGGACAAAAUCCCUCCAGAGAUGUGUGCAAACCUGAUGGCCAACUACAAGAAACGUCUGACCUCUGUGAUUGCCAACAAGGGUUUUGCCACCAAGUACUAAGUCAUGUUUUGCAGAGGGGUCAAAUACUUAUUUCCCUCAUUAAAAUGCAAAUCAAUUUAUAAAAAUUUUGACAUGCGUUUUUCUGGAUUUUGUUGUUGUUAUUCUGUCUCUCACUGUUCAAAUAAACGCACCAUUAAAUUAUAGACUGAUCAUUUCUUUGUCAGUGGGCAAACGUACAAAAUCAGCAGGGGAUCAAAUACCUUUUUCCCUCACUGUAUGUUUUAAUGUUCUAUGACAAUAGUUAUGAAUGAUUGUUUCUAUCAUCAAAAGUACUUUUAAAUGUGAGGUAUUGAUAGGCUAGAGAGUAGACCUGGGUUUUCUCCCAGUUGAAAGCAGUGGUGUAGCCAGAAAUGAUUUGUUGGGUGGGCCUGCAGCAGCUAACUUCCUGCAAUUUUACAUAUUUAACCAUGGGGCAAAGAGAAAAACAUGUAGUUUUAAAGCUAAUCUUAUGCUGUUCUACACAUUUUCCCAUCAGGCUGAGAGAAAAUGUUGCUGUUUUCAAGCAAAUGUCCUCCAAUCCUACACAUUUUGCUAUGGGGCAGAGAGAAAAUGUAGCGUUUUUAAUGCUCAUUAAAGCUGACAUAUACAGCUCUGGAAAAAAUUAAGAGACCACUGCAAAAUUAUCAAUUUCUCUGGUUUUACUAUUUAUAGGUAUGUAUUUGGGUAAAAAUAACAUUUUUGUUUUAUUCUAUAAACUACUGACAACAUUUCUCCCAAAUUCCAAAUAAAAAGAUUGUCAUUUAGAGCAUUUAUUUGCAGAAAAUGACAACUGGUCAAAAUAACAGAAAAUAUGCAAUGUUGUCAGACCUCGAAUAAUGCAAAGAAAAUAAGUUCAUGUUCAAACAACACAAUACUAAUGUUUUAACUUAGGAAGAGUUCAUAAAUCAAUAUGUGGUGGAAUAACCCUGAAUUUCAAUCACAGCCUUCAUGCGUCUUGGCAUGCUCUCCACCAGUCUUUCACAUUGAUGUUGGGUGAUUUUAUGCCACUCCUGGCGUAAAAAUUCAAGCAGCUCGGCUUUGUUUGAUGGCUUGUGACCAUCCAUCUUCCUCUUGAUCACAUUCCAGAAGUUUUCAAUGGGGUUCAGGUCUGGAGAUUGGGCUGGCCAUGACAGGGUCUUGAUCUGGUGGUCCUCCAUCCUCACCUUGGUUGUCCUGGCUGUGUGGCAUGUUGCAUUGUCCUGCUGGAAAAACCAAUCCUCAGAGUUGGGGAACAAUGUCAGAGCAAAAGGAAGCAAGUUUUCUUCCAGGACAACCUUGUACAUGGCUUGAUUCAUGCGUCCUUCACAAAGACAAAUCUGCCCGAUUGCAGCCUUGCUGAAGCAACCCCAGAUCAUCACCGAUCCUCCACCAAAUUUCACAGUGGGUGCGAGACACUGUGGCUUGUAGGCCUCUCCAGGUCUCCGUCUAACCAUUAGACGACCAGGUGUUGGGCAAAGCUGAAAAUUGGACUCAUCAGAGAAGAUGACCUUACUCCAGUCCUCUACGGUCCAAUCCUGAUGGUCUUUUGCAAACCUCAGCCUGGCUCUUCUUUGCUUCUCAUUGAUGAAGGGCUUUUUUCUAGCUUUGCACAACUUCAGCCCUGCCCCUAGGAGCCUGUUUCGAACCGUCCUUGCUAUGCACUUCACCCCAGCUGCCGUUUGCCAUUCUUUUUGUAGGUCACUUGAAGUCAUCCUACGGUUGUUGAGUGACAUUCAAAUGAGUUGGCGGUCAUCCCGGUCAGUAGAGAGUAGUUUUCGCCCUCUGCCGGUCUGUAGCUUUGUUGUCCCCAAUGUCUGCUGCUUGACCUUGUUCUUAUGAACCGCCGUCAUUGAUAUUUUAAGGAUGGAAGCAACCUGACGCUCACUGUAUCCCUCUGCCAGUAAAGCCAGAACUGAACCCUUCUUUUCUUCACUCAAAACAUUUGGCAUGGUCAAUAGUUAUUUUUUGAUUAAUAUUACUUUAGAGGUACUAUUAACACUGUUUUUGCCAUCCAGCUGGUCCUAUUGCAAGAGGAUAGUGAUGACCAGAGCAGUGGUUUUUAUACUUUUCCUUGUUAAAUAAGAUUUGGUUCAGGUGAUCACCUAAUCAGUACCUAAUUCAGUAGAAUGAGGUGUGCCUGUGUUGGAAUUCAACAGACACUGGAAUGGAAUGGCUGCUAUACAGUGAGGGAAAAAAUUAUUUGAUCCCAUUUACAUUUACAUUAACGUCAUUUAGCAGACGCUCUUAUCCAGAGCGACUUACAAAUAGGUGCAUUCACCUUAUAGCCAGUGGGAUCACCACUUCACAAUGUUUUUUUGUUUUGUUUAUUUAUUAAUUUUUUGGGGUUGGGGUUUGGGUUGGGGUAAGGGGGGGGGGGGGGGGGGGGGGGGGGGGUAGAAUGAUUACUUUAUCCUAUCCCAGGUAUUCCUUAAAGAGGUUGGGUUUCAAAUGUCUCCGGAAGGUGGUGAGUGACUCCGCUGUCCUGGCGUCGUGAGGGAGCUUGUUCCACCAUUGGGGUGCCAGAGCAGCGAACAGUUUUGACUGGGCUGAGCGGGAACUAUGCUUCCGCAGAGGUAGGGAAGCCAGCAGGCCAGAGGUGGAUGAACGCAAUGCCCUCGUUUGGGUGUAGGGACUGAUCAGAGCCUGAAGGUACGGAGGUGCCGUUUCCCUCACAGCUCCGUAGGCAAGCACCAUGGUCUUGUAGCAGAUGCGAGCUUCAACUGGAAGCCAGUGGAGUGUGCGGAGGAGCGGGGUGACGUGAGAGAACUUGGGAAGGUUGAACACCAGACGGGCUGCGGCAUUCUGGAUGAGUUGUAGGGGUUUAAUGGCACAGGCAGGGAGCCCAGCCAACAGCGAGUUGCAGUAAUCCAGACGGGAGAUGACAAGUGCCUGGAUUAGGACCUGUGCCGCUUCCUGUGUAAGGCAGGGUCGUACUCUCCGAAUGUUGUAGACCAUGAACCUACAGGAUCGGGUCACCGCCUUGAUGUUAGCAGAGAACGACAGGGUGUUGUCCAGGGUCACGCCAAGGCUCUUCGCACUCUGGGAGGAGGACACAACGGAGUUGUCAACCGUGAUGGCGAGAUCAUGGAACAGGCAGUCCUUCCCCGGGAGGAAGAGCAGCUCCGUCUUGCCAAGGUUCAGCUUGAGGUGGUGAUCCGUCAUCCAUACUGAUAUGUCUGCCAGACAUGCAGAGAUGCGAUUCGCCACCUGGUUAUGCUGAUUUUGUACGUUUUCCCACUGACAAAGAAAUGAUCAGUCUAUAAUUUUAAUGGUAGGUUUAUUUGAACAGUGAGAGACAGAAUAACAACAACAAAAUCCACAAGAACGCAUGUCAAAAAUGUUAUGAAUUAAUUUGCAUUUUAAUGAGGGAAAUAAGUAUUUGACCCCUCUGGCAACUCGAACCUUCAGGUCCUCAACAGAUUUUCUAUGGGAUUUUUGACAUGCGUUUUUCUGGAUAUUUUUUUUGUUAUUCUGUCUCUCACUGUUCAAAUAAACCUACCAUUAAAAUUAUAGACUGAUUAUGUCUUUGUCAGUAGGCAAACGUACAAAAUCAGCAGGGGAUCAAAUACUUUUUUUCCCUCACUGUACGUGUAGAGAUGCUGAUUUAAGAAACAUUUGCAGUGGUCUCUUAAUUUAUUCCAGAGCUGUAGAUGUGUUGACUGUGAUAAAGGCACUGGAUUAUGAGCUGUCUUGUGUGCUAAAUGAACAAAUGAAGUAGGCAGUGGCAUGGUGCAUAUACCCAUAGAAGCACAGUGACAUAUGCCUCAAUGCAGUCAUAUUUGUGGCUUAUUGGGGGUGUGGCUUUCAGUUAGUUAUUCUUGGCAACCCAUCAUGUGAGAGUGAAUGUCAUUCCAGUUCAUCUGUUCUGUUAUAUUUCAUCAAAUCUGACUAACCCAGUGCACUGCUUGCUAUGAAUUAUAUCUGAUGGUGUUUGCAUGUUUAGGUAAAAAUACAUAAUGUCGCGUUUGGAACAUUGAUAUGUAAAGAGCAUAAAAAAUUAAUGAUAAUAAAACCAUUUUUUUCUCAAUCUGAUUGGGUGGGCCUGGCUCCCCACCCGUCCCUAUGCACCAGGUUGAAAGUAAAAGUGUUCUGUACUGAGUGAGGUGUUAUCAUCUACUAAUGAUGUGUUUACAUUAUGGGUUGUUAAUGAGCAGGGGGCGAUGGCUGUCGUGCUUUAUUCUGAUUGGCCCAACAGUUACCCUCCGCUCUGUUCUGGCCUUUUGGGUAUUAUAGUGUAAUAAUAAUAAAUUAGUGUAGCAGUCAAACAGGAACACCUACGGUGAGAGCUGUACUGAGUGAGCUGUGCCUCUGUGACAGCCCACAGUCACAACCACCAUUACGCCUCGUUUGAGCUAAUCAUGAAUCUUAUGCAUAUUUAGCUCAUCACCAGGCAGUAUCAAUGUGUAUAAAUACUGUAGAAACCACCUUGUCAGAGUCACAACUGUCAUCACUCGAACGCAGUAGGGAUGCCACCACAGAAUGGCCUUGGCCUUAUGGCCUCCAUAACUCACACUGUGUGUGUGUGUGUGUGUGUGUGUGUGUGUCUGUGCCUGUUCGUCUGUGUGUGUGUGUGUGCGCUGUGUUUGUUUGUGUGUGUGUAUAUGUGUGUGUCUUCUUCUCCUCUCCCAGCAUAAACAGAACCAGAUCAGCCAGACCAAGAUCCGAGUGGCCUCCACGUUACUCUUCAUCCUGGCGGGUUGUAUCCUCUUCGUCACCAUCCCAGCUGUCAUCUUCAAACACAUAGAAGGCUGGACGGGACUGGAGGCCAUCUACUUUGUUGUCAUCACUCUGACAACUAUUGGAAUAGGAGACUAUGUGGCAGGUGAGAGCUAGAUUAAUUAUUAGUUCAUGUUCAGUAUAAAAAUGUAUGCACUCACUAACUGUAAGUCGCUCUGGAUAAGAGCGUCUGCUAAAUGACUAAAAUGUAAAUGUAAUGUUUCUGUUGUGAAUAAUGCCAUAAUGAGAUGAUUAUCUGAAAAUGAUUCUGACUAAAUAACAGCCAUGUUGAGUCAGUUUUCUACACUAAGACAUCAUAAAGGCUCAUACAGUACAUAAUAACAACUAAUACAUCGUUUUAAUGAAUGUGUUACCAAAAUUGUUAUUAUAACAACUGUUGCGGCCAUUCAUUUUGCUUCAAAAUCUAUUAUGGUUGGAGGCGAUGGCGUCAUGCACCCCCAAAAUCUGAGGGGGCACAAAGUACAUGAGGAUGGCUGCGGGGUGGUUGGAGAAUUUAGCAUUUUUCAAACACCUGAAACAGCGAUUUCCUGCAAUCUAGAUCCAUAAUAAUUAUUCUUAAUUCUAUAUAUAAAAUAUGCAUAUUUUUCUGCAUAUUUAAGCAUACCUCUUGAGCUGUCUGUAUCCUCCUGGUGAUUCUUUUUAUAAAUAAACUAAAUAUGCUUCUUUGGAUCUCUGCAAAAAUCUGGGUAAAAUAAUGUGUCUUAUUCAGUACAUUUAGUUAUUGCUUGCUUUUCUAAAGUCUAUCAACCUUGCCAGCAGGCAUGCCAGCUAAGAUAAUUAGACAAGCUAGCUACUCUAACUUGAUUGAUAGCUUGAAAUGGCUUCUUGGUAGCUAGUUAUGAGGUUGGGAGAUUGUGAACCUAUUGGGAUGCUAGCUAAAGCCAACUUCAUAACAUUGCUAGGUGGCUAGUAGUACUACAGACAAAAAUCAACACAAUAGUUAUUUUUUAAACAGGACAAAUCUGAGGGAGCAAUUGCCCCUCUGCCCCCUAUUGGCAUGACACUACUGUUUGGAGGAGCUACUAUUCAAACGUUUUCCUACCACAACUUGGCAACUUGUGCUGUGCCAUUAUUACUACGGCUCAAUAUUGAUCAUUAACGGAGGUGUCUUUAUGGGCGUGGAAGGUGCUGAUAAUGUGAAAUGCAGUUUGUUUAUUGUCUUAGUGAAUUGAAGUCCAUUAGGAGGCUCUCAUAGCUUGAUCUCACUGACCGAGCUGCUGCCACACUGCACUGAUGAUUUAUUUCCCAAUCACUCUUUGACACACAAGCACUUGUCUGAGAAAUUUAGCUUUGUUCGUUUCUGUUCUCUGGAUUUUAGCCCAUCAGCUUAAGAUAUUCAGGUAGAAAAUGUGCCAAUAGAAUCAGUGUAUAUCAGGGUCAUGUUUAAUAGUCACCAAACGGAAGAAAAUGGACUGAUACAGGGAGGGAUUACCUGCACUUAUCCAAUAAGAAACACACAUCUUUGUUAACAGUUUAAAAAUGUUUUGCUAUGGUUAGCCCUUCUGAACACGACCCAUGUCUCUCAUCAUGCUGAAUGUUUCAUUGUUUCUUUACAUCCUAUAGGAGGGGACCGGAGGGUCGAGUAUCGUAAUUGGUAUAGACCACUGGUGUGGUUCUGGAUUCUGGUGGGGUUGGCCUAUUUCGCUGCUGUACUGAGCAUGAUCGGUGACUGGCUGAGGGUCCUGUCCAAGAAGACAAAAGAGGAGGUAAGAUUCUUUACGUGUGGGUGGCAUUAUAUGACCAUACUACUACGGUAUAGAGCUGUAAUGGUGUAGUUGAACACUACAUGGGCUUAGCAGUUUCUCAAGUAUCCCAUUAGAAGAACAUUAAAGGAUUAAAAUAGACAUUCAAAUUGUUAAACCAUGAAAAUAGUUGUUGUUUAAUUUCUAACCUCGAAAGGAGAGACUGCAAUCUACGCUUUCGUUUUGUUUACCUACUGUAGCUACUGCCACCAAUUAUGUAAUUUGAUUAACUAUCCAAUUCUCAUGCGUUAUAGUAUUUUAUGGUGUGGAAUUCCCUUGGUUUUAUCUUUCCGUGCUCCAGGUCGGAGAGAUCAAGGCCCACGCGGCCGAGUGGAAGGCCAACGUCCGCGCCGAGUUCCGGGAGACGCGGCGGCGCCUGAGUGUGGAGGUCAGCGACAAGCUCCAGCGGACCGCCACCAUCCGCAGCAUGGAGCGCCGUCAGCUGGGCCUGGACCAGUGGGCCGUCUCCAUGGACAUGCUCUCCCCGGAACGCCGUGCUGCCUUCAACAGCCUGGACACUAACCCCUACAAGACCUCGUCUCAGGAGAGCAUCGACACGAAACUCAACAACCUGCGUCUAAGGGGGGCAGAGUGUGAUCCGCGCCGGUCCGACAGUGUGGCCUCCUCUGACGACAACAUCUUUAAUCGCCUGGGUUCCGUCACCAAGCUGGCCAAGAGGAACAAGAACCGCGAGCUGAAGAAGAAUAUCCCAGAUGAGCUACAAUGCAGGCCCUAUAGUACUCCACCUAUGGAGAUGGGGAAGAGGAAGGAGGAAGAGGAGGAGGAGGAGGAGGAAGAAGAGGAGGGGUUAGACAAAAAGUUCAACACCAGCCUGUCCGAUCUGCCGCUGUUCGUUGAAGUGUGCAAGCCCCAGAAUGGUUUCACAGUACCAUUCAUACCACUACAGACCAAAGAAAAAAAUACUGAGGGGGAAACACUUGAACUUGAAGAAAAGGAGCUGCGUAUCAAGAUGGAUCCUUAA